ACAACAUCCAACGAAGCCUCCAAGAUACCUAUCAUCAGAUUAUAGGCUGCCUUGGCAGGGCUUGCUAGGCAGUCUGGCGUCAUGGGCUCGCCCUCUCAUGUAUGGUGAAGUAUCACAAUUGGGGCGGUAUGUAUUGUUUUAUAUCGCCUGUUCACCUGCGUACAGCUAGUAUUUUAUCACAGUCGUAAAGGCGGGUGUCUCCCGUCGCGGCUUCCUUCGAUUGAUGGAGUGACUGCUCAAUUCCAAGUCACUUCAGUUGAGAGCCUAAAAGAACGAGAAGCCCAUUGAUUUUGAGUCGUUCUGGAGCCUCUCUCGUCGACUUCAGAUUCAGCUGUUCUGGGUUCAAAGCCUACGACCAUAACAACGACAACCUUCAGCCCUAAAACCAACAGCGGAGACAAGGUUGGUGGAGUAAACGAUCAGAAGCCGGGAUCCCCGAUCCAAACCUCAGCAUCUCCGGAUCCGUACACGGCCAUGGUUUCCUUCCCACAGUGGACCACCUACCCCAUCCCUGGCGUAUCGCUCUCCGCCGGCGGUCUCCUAGCUCUCGCCGACCUCAGCACUGUUGCCCAGCGCACCGCCAUCACCGGCGGCUCCAGCUGGCUCGACAGCCUGCUCCUUGCUCCGGGUCUACACUACCAGCAAGCUGCCGAUGAACUCGCCAAGUGGUCCGCAUCCAGCGCUACCGCCGUUAUCGAUGCCGGGUCUGGGACGGAGCCCAGGCCUAGUAUAACUAGAGGAAAUGGCAGCGAAGAAACUAAGAGUUUGGCGCCGGCGACCUUCCGCAUCAACAAUGCUGCCACGUUAUUGUACCUUCAAAAGAUUGCUCGCCCAGGACAAACGGUCACUUUGGACGUUGGCACUAUUCCGGCUAUCAGACAGCGGCUACGCAUCCGGAGGUCGGAGAGCGGCUUCCAUGCCACGAUUUGGGCGGAGGAUGACUUGCCUGAUCUGGGCUGGUUAUCGCAUGUUUUAUAUCUGAUCAGUCCGGUAUUGACGAUAAUUGCUAUCGUGCUGGUUAUUUUGUUUCAGGAUUGGUGGACCCUGGCCUCUCUUUUAGCUCUAAUGGUCUCCCGCAUCCUCAACAUCUACAUUAUCAAACAGCGCUCCAAACCCUGUCCCAUUUCUUUUCCCCCGUUCCCCUUCCACCCUUUCCACCCCUCUCCAUCCUCAGGCUCAGACCACCACGAACCCAACCCCAUAACCUCCCUCCUCAUUUCUCUUGGCUCCGACUCUCCUAGCCACCCCUCCACCUGCUCCAUCCGCCUCCGAGGGCUCUCGGAAGACCUCUACGCUAUAACCGCCACCGCCUGGCUACGCGCCAAGACCCACGUGGAGGGCUACCUCGAAGCGACGGCAAAGGUUCUGGUGUACAUGGUCGCUGCUUUUUCAGGAAACAUGACGCAGGUCGGGGCGAUAAUCAUGAUGGUCUUGUUGCUGGCUACGGCGGGAUUGUUGGCGUUGAGUAAUGCCAAUGCGAAGAUGUUUAGGGUUAAUGGACGGGUGGUGGUGGGGGAGGGGGGGAGGGUACUCUUGGGGGGAGGGGAAACCGGUGAUGGGAAAGGGAAAGGUAAAGAGAUGACGGCUGGUGGUGGUGAGGUGCUGCAACGACAACGGCGGAAGACGGGUGGGUUGGGGCCAGGGGUGUAUCCUGUUGCGGGUGAAGGGGAUGGAGCUGUUGGAUAUGGGAAUGGGAAGGGCAAUGUGAUUGAUGCGUGGCCAAGCACAAGUGACACGGAAGGAAGGGGCUCUGCUGCUUCGGAUCCUAAUUGGGCUGAAAAGGGCCAGGCUGGUGGUGGUUCUUAUGGUAACAUGUGACUGGUUUCCGGUGAGACUUGGUCGUUUCAUCAUGACAACUGUUUAUAUCUGUUAAGCGUGGCGUUUUGCUGGAAGGCAUUUGGAAGCUGAACGUUGUUUGACCUUGAAUGAAAAGCAAGGCCUCGUCGUAUACGGUCCUCUACUAGUGAAGGAUCACCAGUAGAACCGUGAAUCCUGG